CAAUUAAAGCAAAAACAUGUUUAGAUUCAUAAUCCAUGUUCUUAUGGUGUGUUUUCCAUGUGCAAAUAUAUGUACAGUAAUUGUUACGGAAGCCUAGAGCGGACGUUUUAAGCAUAUACUUUUUCCCGGUCGUUUUCCUGAGGUAAAGAGUUAAUCUCGAGAAAACCAUCGUGGAAAAAGUGUUUGCAGAAAACGUUGGUUUUUUUUAAAAAAAAAAAGAAAAAGAAAAUAAAAUUCAGUUGCACGUUUUUUUUUAAUGAGAGUAAAUUCGUAGUGAAUAGAAUGGACCCUUUGUUUUUUUAUUUCUUUAUGUUUUAUUUUAUUUUUUAUAUUUCAUUUUUGCUAAUGAAAAAACUAAUAAGCGCAAAGUAUUUGCUUUUAUUUCGAAGAUUCCCUUUAUGUUCUUGUCGUCACCAAAUGAGAAACUUAGUUGUUUUUUUGUCGGUAGAUGGCGCUGAUGACUGACGCAAAAGUGGGAUCAAAGUUUAGGCUUACCACAAGACUGCACAGGUAGUGCUUACACAUUUUCAUGUCAUUGUAAAGUUUACAGAAUAUUUGAUAAAUAUUCGCUGUCUUUGGCUGAAGACAUCUGUUAUGACGUCGUGACGUGCUGUUUUCACUGUCAUCGCUAUUAUCAGACGCACCGCUGUUUCCUGUAGAAAAUGCCUCGAAAUCUCAAACUUUUGGCAAUGUAUCCUGUCGACCUGCCAGCUGUGGACGACACCGAGCUGACAUCCGCAUCUGAAAAUUACCUAGCUUCACUGAACGCAACACAUUCCUGCAAUGAGUGGUUUCGGUCAUUACUGACGUCAAAAGAGAUUGCUGUAACACCAGCCAACAUCAGACAGCUCCAGCUGUUUGAGGACGAACAUCCUGCCUGCACUGUGCUGGCGCUUCAUCCUCCGCAUGAUCAAACACAGGUCUUAGCUUUAUACUUGCACAAGAAGUGGUGGCCAUUGGACGACGUGCUGCAGACCUCCAGUGAGUCCAGAAGUGGCUUGCAGCCAGUGCAAUCCAUCAUGGAGAGGUUGAUCGUGUUCCUGCUCAGUCAGGUGGUGGAGAGGCCACAUGGAGAGGUGUCCUUCUCCCUGCAUCCACCCACAGAAACCUGCAAAGUGCUGUGGAAGGACGGACAGGCGGUCGGCUUCUACACCAUCAAACACAAAGGCAGACUUUGUGACAGCUGGAGCAGCCGCUGCUACCUGCUGCCUGUCCUGGACACUGUGCUGGUGAGGAGACGAUACAGGAGGAGAGGCUUCGGCCUUCAGAUCCUGCACGACUUCUGCUCCUCCUUCUCCUCGGAGGAGUUCCUCGGAGUCAGCUUUCCCUUGUCGUCCGGCAUGGUGGCAGUGAUCAGGAAGUUCCUGCAGCAGCACGAGGAACAUCGGGCGCGUCUCUAUGAGGUGGAGGCUCCAGGAGGGUGGAGUCAGAGAAGAAACAUCUGGCUCAACAUCCAACUCGGUCGCUACGCUUCUGAGCAGACUGGUUCAGCUGUCCUGACCCCAGUGAACCCCUGUAACUCGAACGCUCCCCCGAUAACGGCCUCUGCUCUGCUCUGUGAUGUGAACCAGGAAGAUAACUCCCUGAGCAGCAAGCUCUCAGGGACAGGAUGUUGCUCUUCAGUCUGCACUGAUAUUCUGGAUUUUAAAGCUCCCUGCAGGCCCCGAAAGUUUGAAAUGGAAGGAAGCUUCAUCAAGGAAGCCUAGAAUAGAAAGACCAGAGGAGAUGCAAAACAGGUCCAAAAGAGCCAGAAGAACAUCCAUCAAUGAGUAAAAACACAAACCUAGCUCAUUGCACAACAUCACGCUCUAGCAGGAGCCCUUGUGUGCGAGGGGUGCAUGAAAGGGCUUUCAAAUAUCAAAAUGAGAAAAAGCUGCAUGCUGUAUGCAGAUUUUGUGUUUCAGAAUUUAUUUCUUACUCAAGACAGGCAAAACAUUUUAGCUUUUUGGAGCUCACCUGUUCUAUUUUUCUGGUCAUUCUGUGGUAAUUUUACCCCCUAUAUCUUACUUUAUGCUUCUUGUAUUUCUGAAUAUUUAAUUAUUUUCACCUUAAAAGUCCUGUUUUGAUGGAGGCAACUCAACUAUCAUCAGAUAGAACACAGAUAGAUGGAUAGAUCUGUCUGUUAUUUUGUUCUUUGUAAUUUAUGUUAAAUAAAAACUACAGAUCUAUAUAAAAUUUCCUAUGUUCCCAUAUUUAUAUAACAUUAAGAGUACCUGGGAUCCAUCAAUGUCCGUUUCUCUAAUAACUUUUCAUUAUAAAUAGUGACGAGGUAUAAAACUUGCCCUGGAAAAUAUCACAUACAAGACUGCAUGAUGUAAUGACGCAUUUAAAAUCCACUUAAAUAAAA